AUGAGCUCUUUUUUAUCCAGGCCACUGAUAAGGCAUGCCAGAUUCUACUCAUCUAAAACCUUGGUUCAACUGGAGAAUGCCCAAGUACAUCGCUUUGGAGUCAAAGAACCCGCAUUUAAGAAUCUCUCACUUACGCUCAAAGAUGAUCAGCGCCUAGUCAUUGUUGGGCCCGUCAGUGCAGGGAAAACUACUUUGGCCGAAACAAUUGCAGGCAGACAUUCUAUUCAACCUCUCAGCGCUGGGAAGUGGCCCAUCAUUGACGCUUCCAUAUCACCCUAUGCGUCAGAUCAUGUUCACUUGGUGUCCUUCAAGGAAAAUUCUGGCACAUUUUCGUACAGCAAGCAUUAUUAUCAGGAGCGUUUCAAUUUUAGUGACCCAGACAAUGAUUUGACGCUGCAACAAUACUUGAAUGGUGAUCACGGAGACACCGCAGACAUUGAGCGUGUUGCCAAGCAGCUCAACAUUGAGCACUUAUUACCAUUAUCCUUUGUCAAGUUGUCAAAUGGCCAAACAAGACGUGCGCGCAUUGCAAAGGCGCUACUGAAGAACCCAUCGAUGCUGGUAUUGGACGAACCCUUAAUGGGACUUGAUGUGGAGCAUCGCAAGCAUUUACUACAAGUGCUGGGUAAUCUGGCCACAAAAUCAUCUGUCCCUGUUGUCCUCGUUCUGAGACCCCAAGACGAGUUCCCCUCUUGGGCAACUGAUGUGAUUGAAUUGGGAAAUAUGGCGAUUCAGUGGAAAGGAAACCCCUCAGAAUACCAAAAGAGAAGAGCCAAACAUCUCGAGUCUACCAAAGCAAGCAAUGCUUCUGCCAAGACUAUAGAUACCAGCAACAAUGAUCCAAUUGUCGAGAUGAAGAACGUCAAGGUCACCUACAGCGGAAACCCUAUUUUACGAGAUAUUACAUGGACCGUAAGAAAGGGUGAGCGUUGGGCCUUGCUGGGGCCCAAUGGGUCAGGCAAAACAACCCUAUUAUCUUUUCUGACAGGUGAUCAUCCGCAAGCUUAUGCUAAUGAACUGUUCCUGUUUGGUCGUCGUCGUGGCACAGGUGAAUCUAUUUGGGAAAUCAAGGAAAGAGUAGGAUUGGUCAGCCCUGAAAUCCAUUUAUACUUUAAUCAGAAUCUGACAGCUUUGGAAGCUGCAGGCACAGGCUUUUUCGAUGUCGUUGUGCCUCGAUCUAUCAAUACGGAUCAAACCCAGACCAUCAAACGUCUGUUUCAUGAGUUUGGCAUCGAGUCCAUGAUGAACCGCAAACUGCAAGACAUGUCUACGGGUGAGCAGCGCAUGGUAUUACUGGUUCGAUCACUGGUAAAGAUGCCUGAUUUAAUCAUCUGGGAUGAGCCCUUCCAAGGACUGGAUGAUACCAUGAUUCAUAAUGUGAAUGGAUGGCUGGAGCAGCAUAUGAGACCUGAUCAGACACUGAUCAUGGUCACUCAUCAUGAAGAAGAGAUACCAAAUGCAGUGAGCAAGCGCUUUAAACUUGGACCAGGAGGGGUUCAGGCAAACUAA